UCGUUAGGAACCGAACGCACAUCUCUGCCUUGCAGGUGCUAAGUAGUGCUGAGGGUGGGAAACCCAGUGAGGGCGAGAAGAAAAGGGAGGGGGAGGAGGGGGGGCGGAGCAGCUGGGCUUACAGCAGGAGCAGAAGCCGCGUUUUCCCACGACCCUGCAGCCGAGGUCGAGCAAUACAAUGCAGAAUUUUCCCCCUACAUAUCUGCUAUGACCACAGUGUUGUCACGUAUGAGUAUGCUACCAAAAUCAGUUGUCUAGCUACACAAAUUUCCACACUAAAGGUGUAGUAAAUUGCAUUAGCCCGCAUAAGCCACUGGCUGGUGGAUCCAGUUCGCCAUGAACAAGCAGUUGCAAGCCCCUCAUUGAAGUUCCUCGUCCUCUCUUGGUUGAAGGAAGACACGUAUAGUCUGAUAAGGUGACUGGGUGCGAAACUCUUCCCGCCACUGCGCCUCGUUCGCCGUCUGCUCAACAGACGGCGCUGUCGGCCCGUUCUCUCCGCUCUAAAGAUAGACCCUGAAAACGCCCCUGGGUGCCAAAAAGAUGAACCCUCGCGAAGUAACGGCAUCCCGCCAUAACAGUGGUGGUGGUUAGCAGUGGCCUUCCCUCUUCCGGAGCAGCGAUCCCGAACCUGACCCGCAAGUGCGUCCGCGGCGCCAGAUCAGCCCCCCCCCCCCCCCCCCCCCCCCCCCCCCCCCCCCCCCCCCCCCCUAUACCCGUCCCCCGGUGCGCCGGCCACGUCAGCUGAUCCCUCAACGAGAAUGUGAUGCAUUCGCCCCUCGGCCCGGACCACCCGGACGCCCGUCACCUGAGCUCGCCGACGACCGUCAUGGCCCGCGGCCCGACCCGCGACGCGCCCGCCUCCUGCUGCUGCUCGUCCCGGUGCCGGUGGCGCCCGCCGCGCCCGCCGCGCCGGCCGCGCCGGCCCCGCGCGCCGUCAUCGUGAUCCUGGUCGAGGAGGAGCCGGGCGGCGGGGCGGAGGAGGUCAUGGUGGGCAACCCGCACCGGUACCGCGCCGCCCUGCAGAACCUGGAGAGCAGACACGCCACCGCAGGCUGCCUGCUCGCCCUGCUGCUGCUGCUGCCGCUCGCGGCCCGCUCCGUGCCCGUGGCCGUGCUGUCCGUGGCCGUGCUCCUGUACGUCACCCUCGUGGUGCCCGUGGCGACCGGCUUCCUCUCCGCGACCGUCGUCAUCGGCUGGCUGAGGAUAUGCACGGCCCGCCACAGCUUGUCGGUGCGGGAGUGCCUGCAGGGGGCCUACAGCUGCGUCAAGGCCUGCCACAACGCCUACCUGCCCCUGCAGCGGCUUCACACCACCACGAGCCAGGUGCUGUUCAACUUGGCGGCCGAGCGGCUCCUGUGCCCGGACCAGCCGGGCAGUUGCCUGUACACGCUCCUGCUCUGCUCCAUCCUCGGCUACGUCCACACCUCCCUCAAGCGACGCGAGUGGACGCAGCUGCCCGCCAUCGGCGGCGGGCUGGGCGGGCUGAUGGGGUCGGUGGGCUCGCUGGUGACGGCGCGCCUCGCCAAGGCCGUCGUCCUGGCCUUCGGCCUCCUCAGCCUCGGGGAGCGGCUCGACCGCCUGCAGCCCGGCGUCGCCUUCAUGCUCGUCUCCGCCGUGUACUUCGUGCUCACCCAGUGGCCAGGCCGGCCGGGGGAGCAGACGGCCGCCGUGGAGCUGGUGGUGAGCGCGCUGUCCCUGGCGCCGCGGUCCUGCUACCUGGGCGCCCUGGAGAGCCUGGAGGGCCUGGAGGAGUUUUGGGUGCCCCUGGGGACGCGGGCGGGCGCCGCCGUCGCCGCCGCCGUGCUGGGCCUGCUGGUGGCCUGGGAAGGCUUCUGGCUGCUCGGCGUUUUUGUCCUGUACGCGUGCGCCCUGGUGCCGUGGCAGGCCGGCCUGCGCAGCUGCUGGCCGCAGCUCCGCGCGCAGCUGCAGCUGACGGCGCGCUUCCCGCGGCCGUCCGCCGAGCAGCUGGGCGCGGCGGGCACCUGCGCCGUGUGCCUCGACGCGCUGACGGCCGCCACGGCGCGCCGCACGCCCUGCGCGCACGUCUUCCACUCGCGGUGCCUGCGCGAGUGCGCCCACCGCUUCGGCACCUGCCCGCUCUGCAAGCGCAGCCUCAUCUCCUCGCCCUGACUGUCACUGUGAGCACCAAGUCCCUGGACACUUGUGUGCUUUCAUCAUCAAUUCGACAUAGCAGGCAAGAGCUGAAACUUAAAGUUCUGCAAAAGUUCAACACCAGUGUUGUUUUGGACGAACUCGAUAGAGCAGACAAGGGCCAAAAUUGAAGGUUUUGCAAACAUUUGAAGUGUAUUAUGUCUAAUGUCUACUUUUAGGACUAGGAGGGGAAAAAAGGGUGAAGAGUUUGACUGUGUUCUUCCAAACUUUUGUAAAAACAACUGAUUUCUGGGUUUCAAUUAUUUUGUUAACGUCUUUGUGUUGCUCGAAAGAUGUUUCUUUGGCUUACUAAAUUAUCAUGCCAACACAAUAGUUUUAAAGAAUAUGCCAAACUGAGGCUCCAUUGACAAUUUUGAAGGUGAGGGAGAUAAAUCAGUACAAUAUCAUUUUACAAAAUAACAUUAAACAAUUUUAUUGGUUCUGUUUCUGUGAUAUACUGUACAUGUAAUAGCUAGAAUAAUAAAUGGAGUACAAAAUACA